AUGUAUGCCGCAGUUAAGCCGCUGUCUAAGUACUUGCAAUUCAAGUCGGUGCACAUUUACGAUGCCGUCUUCACCAUCCACUCUAAGUGCACGGUGGCCCUGCUGUUGGCCUGCACUUUUCUGCUCUCCUCCAAGCAGUACUUUGGCGAUCCCAUACAGUGCAUGCGCGAUCACAAUGACAUGGACUUUAUUCACGCUUAUUGCUGGAUGUACGGCGCCUACGUAUCGACCAACAUAACGUACACGCCUGAUCCGUUUGGACACGAGCGCUGCAAGCCGGGUGGUUUGGGAGGAACAGUGCCUAUGGCUCAGCGCCGAUAUCUGCGCUAUUACCAGUGGGUUGUUCUAGUGAUGCUCCUGCAGUCGUUUGUGUUUUAUUUGCCGGCAUUUUUGUGGAAGAUCUGGGAGGGCGGCCGCCUAAAGCAUCUGUGCAUGGAUUUUCACCAGACCGCAGUCAGCAAGGAGAGGAGCAAGGCUCACUUGGGUGUUCUGGUCAAAUACUUUACGAGCGACUACAAGGAGACACACUUUCGCUACUUUGCCAGCUAUGUGUUUUGCGAGGUCCUGAACUUAGGGAUCAGCAUUGUGAACAUGCUGCUAUUGGAUGUGUUUAUUGAAGGUUUCUGGACUCAUUAUGUUGACGCUUUCCUUGCGGUGUACUCUGGCGACUGGGAGAUGUGGAGCAGCAUCACCAAGCGCGUCUUUCCCAAGUGCGCAAAGUGCGAGGUAGUCAGAUUCGGGCCUAGCGGAUCGGACUCUUCAAUGGAUACCCUCUGCCUACUGCCCCUAAAUAUUCUGAACGAGAAGAUCUUUGCCUUCUUGUGGGUCUGGUUUAUGGCAAUGACUUUUCUGGCUGGACUCAAGCUGUUCUUCCGCAUGAUUACCAUGUUCAAUAGCGGCAUACGCUUCCACAUUCUGCGGGCCAGAGCCCGUCUCAUGCCCAAGUCACAUCUGCAGCGCGCCCUGCAAAACUGCAGCUUCGGCGACUGGUUUGUCCUGAUGCGUGUGGGCAAUAAUAUAAGUCCGGAGAUGUUUCGCAAGUUGCUCGAAGAGCUCUACGCGACCCAGUCCCAGCGCAAGCCCCCGCCUGGAGCGGAUGAAAUCUAAUCAUGAUUCUAACUAAAUUUUUGACAUUUUCCUAUCAAUGAAGUUCUCUGUUCUUUUAUUUUUUUCGCGUGCCUUCUUCAAGAGAUGUUCGGAGAUGGCUCAAUCAUAUUCACAUCAUAAUCGAUAUGUAAGAAUUAUCGACAUUGUACUUAACAUAAUUUCAUAAUUUCCUUUCAAGUGUCACUACUUCUUAACUAAGCGAAAUGUACCACUUUUGUUGUGUACAUACACAUAUGUACUUUAAAACGUAUCUUAAUGAAUAUAAUUUUCUACCUUUAUAA